GUUCGAGAAGCUGAUCUCCAGCCGCGUCAUUGGCGCUACGUCGGAACGCCUGUCGAGCUAGAGUCGCUAGACAGGAGAACCGCUCCACUUCGCCCCAGAGGCUUGCAUUGUCUCGCCCGGCGCAUGGCGGCCCUUAGUCUGCUUUUCCUCACUCUCAUAGUCGGUGGACAUAGUGUUGCCCACGGUCUGGAUCGUAGCUGUUCGGGACAAAGCAUUGUUUCCCUGGAGAAAAGUAGACGAUGGUCCGAGAGACAGAUAAUCAAGGAUUGUUCUAGCCAUGUUUGCUCGUUUUGGUGGAAACUUUUCUUUUUUCAUAGUUUUCACCACCUCGUCAUUCUUUUUCUACACAGUAUUCAUUUGUGCUGUAUAACAAUGCUAGCAGACUUUUACCGAGGCUUGGCCAAGGGGGACAAGCAAAACAGGACGUUGCGCGAGAACAAAAACCCGACCCAAGAAACCCUGGCCCAAUGGAUCGUAUUCUACCCCUGAAUCGGGCUCCUCUCAUUUUAACUCGAGAUCUACUCCGUACAGAUGUACACCACAGGCCGGCUCGCGUACCCGAGGAUUCCUCCCGGCUCUCCACAACAAUGGCAGGUCAGACGGUCGAUUAUGUCGGUAGGUCCCUUGGCUGCUACACGACUUUCCUCCUUCUAUCGGCUGGACCCUGGUGGCUGAACGAUCCCGCCGCUGCUGUCCGGUAGCGUGUUCCAGGUUGGGUGGAAACGUUG